GGCCGAAGUUCGUUAUCAUCUAAUCCAUUUUAGACAAGUUUCCGUCCUCUCUCUUCUUCUUUCAGCAAAACCAGCUGAGCUCCGAUGGCCAUGACUGUCAUGGCCUUGUCUUUCUCUCCACCUCUCUCUGUCUCCCCUCCUCGCCCCUCUCUCAUUCCUCUUCGUCUUCCUUCUCCUCGUUUUCCCACUCUCACUCCGAAACUGAGAAUAAGUAUCCAAUGCGCAACCAGAGACAACACAGAAGCAAACCCGCCCGCAGCAUCCACCCAGAGCUAUGAUCCGAAGAAAGGAGUGCCGCUUUAUAAGCCUAAGUCAUACGAUGUUCUUGUAACUGACGCUGCUAACUCUCUCGCUUUUGCUCUUCAAGAUGGCAAAACCCGCCUCGAGAUUGAUUUCCCGCCCUUGCCAAGCAACAUUUCUUCUUAUAAGGGAUCUUCAGAUGAGUUCAUUGAUGCCAACAUUCAACUUGCCUUGGCCAUUGUCAGGAAACUCCAACAAAAAAGGGAAACUCGAGCUUGCAUUGUGUUUCCUGAUAAGCCAGAAAAACGCAGGGCCUCUCAGCUUUUCAAAACAGCUCUCGACUCGAUUGAUGGUAUAUCUAUAGGUUCUCUUGACGAUGUCCCUAGUGGUGCAGUCACUACAUUCUUCAAAUCUAUCAAGAACACUCUGGAUUUUGAUUUUCAAGAUGAAAAUGAAGGUCGUUGGGAACCUAAGGAGCCACCAACUCUUUAUAUAUUUAUUAACUGUAGCACACGUGAACUUUCUGUUAUAGAGAAGUAUGUGGAGAUAAAUGCCCUGUCAACCCCAACACUUCUAUUCAAUCUUGAACUUGACACUUUGCGUGCUGACUUGGGUCUUCUGGGAUUUCCUCCCAAAGAUUUGCAAUAUCGAUUUCUUUCUCAAUUCAUCCCAGCGUUCUAUAUACGAAUCAGGGAGUACUCCAAGACAGUAGCAGUAGCACCUUUUGUUGUGAAUUACAGUGGAGCACUAUUUCGCCAAUAUCCUGGACCUUGGCAGGUGAUGCUUAAGCAAUCAGAUGGUUCUUAUGCCUGUGUAGCUGAGAGUGCAACACGCUUCACUCUUGGAGAGACAAAGGAAGAACUGUUGAGGGUCCUUGGAUUGCAAGAGGAACAAGGAAGCCAACUAGAAUUUCUUCGCAGAGGCUACAAGACUUCCACUUGGUGGGAAGAGGAUGUUGACUUGGAAGCGUCUUCAGCAUGGCGUAGUUGAGUAGCCGAAGGACAGUUGACCACAAUGAGAUAUCACUGUAUAUAGAUGCUUCAUCAAGCUCUUAGGACUAGUUGUGCCUCUGUUCUUAUUGCCACGAACGUUUGCUGCAAAGCGUGAUGCAAAUAUAGUUGCACCAAGGCUGUAGGAUUCUGCAGUGUUAUCUCUUUGCUCAACCAAGG